GUGAAACGUGAUCAUCCUAACAGCACAGACUCAGACCUGAGAGUCGACCAUGCCACUGAACCAACUGCAUAGCUGGCUGAAUGCUGGGCUCUUUGGGCUCCUGCUUCUUGUCCAUGUGCAGGGUCAGGACUCACCAGAGGCCAGCCCCAUCAGAAACACACAUACGGGCCAGGUCCGAGGUAGCCUCAUCCACUUGAAGGACACUAAAGCUGAUGUCCACACCUUCCUGGGAAUUCCCUUUGCCAAGCCUCCUGUUGGACCACUGCGCUUUGCACCUCCUGAGGCCCCUGAGCCAUGGAGUGGUGUAAGAGACGGGACUGCACAUCCAGCCAUGUGUCUGCAAAAUCAUGAUAUGCUGAGUGAAUUAGGCCUGGCAGAUAUGAAGAUGAUCCUGUCUUCCAUCCCUGUGUCUGAGGACUGCCUGUAUCUCAACAUCUACACACCAACUCAUGCCCAUGAAGGAUCUAACCUGCCUGUGAUGGUGUGGAUCCAUGGAGGUGCACUGGUUAUAGGAUCGGCUUCCAUGUGUGAUGGCUCUCUAUUGACAGCCACUGAGGACUUGGUGGUUGUCACUAUCCAGUAUCGUCUGGGUGUCCUGGGCUUUUUCAGCACUGGAGAUGAGCAUGCCAGAGGAAACUGGGGAUACCUGGACCAAGUGGCCGCCCUACACUGGGUCAAGCAGAACAUCGCCCACUUUGGUGGCAAUCCUGACCGUGUCACUAUUUUUGGCGAGUCUGCAGGUGGCACAAGUGUGUCUUCACAUGUUGUGUCCCCCAUGUCCCAGGGGCUCUUCCAUGGUGCCAUCAUGGAGAGUGGGGUGGCCCUGCUGCCUGGCCUUGUCUCUGACACCUCUGAGAUGGUCUCUACUACGGUGGCCGAGCUCUCUGGAUGUGAGGACAUGGACUCAGAGGCCAUGGUGCACUGUCUGAGAGGCAAGAGUGAAGCAGAGAUUCUGUCUGUUAACAAGGUCUUCAAGAUGAUUCCUGCUGUGGUGGAUGGGAAGUUCCUACCCAGGCAUCCCAAAGAGUUGUUGGCAUCUGAGGAUUUUCACCCUGUCCCCAGCAUCAUUGGUGUCAACAAUGAUGAGUUUGGUUGGUCCGUUCCUAUGGUCAUGGGCUCUGCUCAGACAAUAAAGGAAAUAACCAGAGAGAACUUGCCAGCUGUUCUAAAGAAUACAGCAGUACAAAUGAAGCUGCCUCCUGAGUGUGGUGACCUGCUAAUGGAAGAGUACAUGGGGGACACUCAGGACCCAGAUACCCUCCAAAUACAGUUCACAGAGAUGAUGGCAGACUCCAUGUUCGUGAUCCCUUCACUCCAAGUAGCACACUUUCAAUGUCCCCGUAACCCUGUCUACUUCUAUGAGUUCCAACAUGUACCCAGCUACUUCAAGGAUAUCAGGCCACCCCAUGUGAAAGCUGACCAUGCUGAUGAGGUUCCUUUUGUCUUUGGGUCCUUCUUCUGGGGCAUCAAACUUAACUUCACUGAGGAGGAGAAGCUGCUGAGCAGGAGGAUGAUGAAUUACUGGGCCAAUUUCGCAAGACAUGGGAACCCCAACAGUGAGGGUCUACCCUACUGGCCUGUGUUGGACCAAGAUGAGCAGUAUCUGCAGCUGAACACCCAGCCUGCUGUGGGCCGAGCACUGAAGGCCAGAAGGCUGCAGUUCUGGACCAAGACUCUGCCCCAGAAGAUCCAGGAGCUAAAGGGUUCUCAGGACAAGCAUGCAGAGCUGUAGCAUCCUGUGUCAGGAAAGGUGUGUGAUGUUGAAAGCAGAUGGGGUAAUUCUGAAGUUACAAAGUCCAUUGAUCUAUAAUCAUUUGUUCCAACAAGAACAUAAGCAUUUCUAACCUCAGCAUUUGCUCUUUCAGACAUGUAUGAAAACCACUCUAUGUGUUAUUCCUUAUCAUUCUGAACAAACUUUCAUUAGAGUCAAUAAAAGCUCUCAAAACAGUG